CCCGCCCCCGCCAUUCAUCCGUGUGUAGCCGUAGUAAGGCAUGCGCAGUACUGACGAACAAAACGGACGGAAUUCAAAGUUUCUGACGAACCAGUAAAAAUGUUUGGUUUCCAUAAAUCAAAGAUUUACCGCAGUAAUGAGGGUUGUUGUAUUUGCAAAACCAAGUCGUCCAGUUCUCGAUUCACAGACAGCAGCAGAUAUGAGGAAAACUUCAGACUGUGUUUUGGUCUGUCUGAGGAUAGAGUUGGAGACAUCUGCAAUGCUUGUGUACUGCUGGUAAAACGCUGGAAGAAAUUACCACAUGGGUCGAAAAAGAACUGGAACCAUGUUGUGGAUGCGAGAGCAGGUCCUGGCUUCAAGCUCACCAAACCCAAGAAAGUCAAAAACAUUGAUGGAAAGAAGAAAAGUAAACUGAAAAAGCUUCAUAAAUUCAAAAGACAAAACUCAGAUGCUCACAGCACUACAUCCAGUAUGUCUCCAUCCCAGUCUCCCAGUCACAGUAAUCAAUCUGAUGAUGGGUCAGACAUUGAGACCAAGCAGAGGCGUCCCAACCCAUCAAGAUUCUCCUUUCUUGAUCUGUCCUAUUGGAAAAGGCAAAAGGUGUGCUGUGGGAUUGUCUACAAAGGGCGUUUCGGUGAGGUGAUCAUUGAUCCUCGUCUUUUCAAGCCCUGCUGUAACACCAAGAAUCGCCCGGCUCUGGCGGCGGCGGUGGCGUCGUCGGAGGCGUCGUCAGACUCGCCGAUUCCUCAAACGCUUCCCUCUCCUCCCCACCCAGAGGACAUGAAGGAGGCGUGGUGAUCCAGACUGUCUCUUUGAGGCCCUCAUAGCUUUGUCUCCAGUGGUAGACUCGGAUAUCUUCCCCUUGUUAGAUGCCUGUAUGAGUUGAAUUUUCUUCCCCUCACUUUUGUAUUUUUUACGACUCUUUUUGUAUACUGUAAGUUUUGUACUUUUUUUAUAAAACAGAAAAAAAAGAGAAAAAACUGGGCAUUAGAAAUUAUUUAAAGGGCCAGCGUUAGAAAAGUUCAUGUAAUCCAAUUUUUUUGCUCCUCUUUUUUUUGGACGUACCAGUGUUUGUAAAUAUAAUCUUAUUUUCCAUACCAGUGCACCAAAAGACUUCUGUUUGGUAUUUAGUUUCAUGCAUUAUUACAGAUUAAAUAGUCAUGAAUGAUGUAAAAGCUGGAUUCGAAACGAGGCAUUAAUGAGAUGGGUGUAUUUUUAAGCACAUACGUUAUAUUUUACUCAGUCUUGCAGUUUUCUGAUAGAAGUUAGUUGUGAGCUAUGGUCUGAUAUAUUACAUAAAUGCAUUUACACAUUGAAUUUAAGUGGAUGACGUGUGCACAAUAAUCACAACAGGAAUACACCUCAACUUUUCUCAUUUGUGAUUUUCCAGCUUUGGCAUAAAGAUAUUUCUCAGUGGUUUAAAAAGUUACGGGUCUGUAAAUCUUUAGCAUCUUGGAUGCAAAAUAUCUCUCAAGUAUUUAAACGGUUUAUUUACACAAUGGCAUAUAAAAGCAUGCAUAAUGUAUUUGUAGGCAUGAUUUGUUUUUUAAUGUUAUUGUUUGUAUAGUUGGCAUGUGCUAUAAUACAACAAGGAAGAGAUAAUAUUACUGUUCUGUAUACGGUCAGAUCUACACUGUUUUCAGUUUUAUCUAUAGUACACUAAAGGUUUUCUACCAUGAAAUUGUACAGCUAGUCUUUCAGCCUUGAUGUAUUAACUUGCAGCUUUGUAUAUGUUUUGGAUUUUUGUUUUGUUGAUUGUAUUUUCGCUGUGUGAAUUAAUUGAAAUUUCCUCCGAUGUGACAGAAUAGCCGUCUGUAAAUGACAUUGGGCUCCAAAAUUCAGAAAAUAUUGUGGAGUUGAUUUGAUUUUGGAGGUUCAGGUGAUUUUUGGUUGUGUUAAUUUCAUUAUGUUAUUUGAAUGAAUGUUUGUUUUAAUUCACCAGCAAUACUUUGAGUCGACGUUAUUGUUGCCUCAAAAUGAUCUCAGUUUGAUAUAGGUGAGAUCAAAAAUAUAAAGUCUCAAUAAAGUUCAGGGAAAAAUGUUUUUAACUUAACUUUGGCACAUUCUCAGUCCAUGUAAAUGUGCCUUACAUGAAUUUGUCAUUUUUAACUUAUGCUAUUUAUUCAAAGCUGUCUGUACAAUUGAUGCUGUAAAGAAGUUUUUGUGCACUUUCUUUUUUUAUAUAUAUACUUUUUGUAAUAUUUCAAUUGAUAAGAUUUUGUAUCUCAGUUUUCAUCACAUUGGUAUUUUCAUAAAACUUUUAAAGUA